UGUCCUGCACGAUAGUUCUCCUUUAAAGCUUUAUUUACAAGACUGAUAUUGCGGGAAAUCACUCUUCCUGUAUUCAUUAUCUGCAAUGAAGAAGGCUGAUUCCCCGGGUGAAUAUUCCGUACAGCCAGAAGCACCUUCUUAAAUAAGAUUUGUAGGUUAUUGGAUGCUGUCAUAAUAAACUCCACCUCUGUGUAAGGUGAGGCGUCUGCUCGGGGAAAACUCUCCAGAAGAUCCUGCGCUGUACAUGAUGCCAGAGAAGCUUCCAUCUGCGUGGAAGAGCCUUUUAGUGGCUACAAUAAAAUAGUUUAUGGGAGAGAAGAUAUCCCAUAAGAGCAUCAGAGAUUUUACUGAAGUGGCAAGCUUUAGAGGAUGGAGACUAUUAUGUCUUGGGAUACAAAUGCUUUAAGAAUUACACUCAGACUAUGAAGUAAAAGAGAGCAGAAUAGCUCGGAGCAGGAGAUUGUUGCGUAACGCUGGAAACAAGCGAAGACAAAUGAUUGCAGAUCAAGUUCUCUAACAAUGUCAACCCUUGUUCUAGGAGGACGAGAUUUACACUAACAAGAACAAACAGGAAAAUACAGCUGUAGAAGAUGGAAAGCAGUCUGACAUUACUUGGUGCCUUUUGGGCACUUCUGUCAUUUCUAUCAGCUGCUGCCAGCUGCACCAGUUUCUUCAUGCCUUAUUGGUUGUAUGGAUUUCAAAUGGGGAAACCAGUUUCAUUCAGUACUUUCCGCCGGUGUACUUACCCUGCACAUACAGAGGAGAAAAACGUAGUAAUGGUUGAAGAAUGUGGAAGAUAUGCCAGCUUUAGUGCCAUCCCUAGUCUAUCCUGGCAGAUCUGUACUCUAGUGACUGGCAUUGGUUGUGCUUUACUCCUUUUAGCAUCUCUAGCUGCAGUUCUUGGCUGCUGUAUUGGUGACCUCAUCUCCAGAAUGACUGGUAGAUUCCAAGGAGCUAUACAAUUUAUUGGAGGACUCCUCAUUAGCUCCGGAUGUGCCCUCUAUCCACUGGGGUGGAACAGCCCUGAAAUCCAGCAGGCGUGUGGCAAUGCGUCCAGUCAGUUCCAAUUAGGAACCUGCAAAAUUGGCUGGGCCUACUACUGUACUGGAGGUGGAGCAGCAGUCGCCAUGCUGAUCUGUACAUGGUUGUCUUGUUUUGCUGGAAAGAAGAGCAAGCCAUCCCCUUAUUGACAGUGGACUAUUAAUCAUCAUAACUAUAUGGAUAUUAAUUUCCUAUUAUUUCAACACCUAACAAAAUCCCUCAUAGUGAACAAUACAAUCCCCUUAAUAGGAUAAAGCCGUGUAUAAAGUACACACAGGAUGCUUGUUUGGUCUUAAUGAAAGCAUAAAAUAAAGUACAGUGAUAAAGACUGACAAGUGGAUAUAUUAAGGUAAGAUACUUAGGAGGUAGACAGGAUACAGUGCUAUGCAUGAAAGAAUGUCAUAAACUAAAUAAAAAAUGACAAUCACUUGAAUAUGAGAAAUAAUGAAAAUAUUAGUGCACAUGAUCAUAUAGUAUGACCAACUUUCAAUCACUGUAUGAGGAUAACUUAGCCUGUCGAUUAGAGAAUUGUAGCAUUAAAUUAGAAGAGCAGUAGCAGUGAUAAAGCUGGGUAAGUACACAGUAGAGUGUUCAAAUGUGUAGCUCCGUUUCUUAGAAAGGGGGACCCCGGGAGUAGUGCAGUGGCUGCUGGUUUUCGGGUUAAAGUAGUUGCCCAUGGAAAAAAUGACUGCUUUUAUGUUCCAAAUAGUAAUAUUAAAGGAAAUCUGUCACCAAU